AAAUGGAGAUGGUCCUGUUACAGACCAGUUACAACAACCUGACUAAAGAAAGAGACCAGUUACAGACCAGUUACAACAACCUGACUAAAGAAAGAGACCAGUUACAGACCAGUUACAACAACCUGACUAAAGAAAGAGACCAGUUACAGACCAGUUACAACAACCUGGCUAAAGAAAGAAACCAGUUACAGACCAGUAACAUCAACCUGGCUAAAGAAAGAGACCAGUUACAGACCAGUAACAUCAACCUGGAUAAAGAAAGAAACCAGUUACAGACCAGUAACAUCAACCUGGCUAAAGAAAGAGACCAGCUCCAAAAAAGAGUUGGAGACACAACCAAAGAGAGAAAUGAUCUUCAGAGACAACUUCAAGAUACUGAGGCCAGUUGCAAAACCCGUGCUGAGAAAGACAUGAUGAACAUGUUGAAUAAUGGAUGGCAGUUUUUCCGAGAUGGAUUCUAUCACAUUUCUUCACAGAGGAAAACCUGGCAAGAAAGUAGAAAUGAUUGUCUUCAAAAAGGUGCAGACCUGAUGAUUAUCAACAACAUCGAAGAACAGACUUUUAUAAGACAGUUUAAGAAGGACAUGUGGAUUGGCCUGACCGACUCAGAGACGGAGGGGACAUGGAAAUGGGUGGAUGGGACUCCAAUGACCACAAGGUACUGGGGUUCUGGGGAGCCUAACGGUGGAAGCGGUGAAAACUGUGUGGAAAUAAAGUACUAUGAUAAAGAGAACAGCUGGAACGAUGGACCAUGUUCCAUUUCACACUUCUGGGUCUGUGAAAAGAAAUUCCCUCAAUAACCCUCCAUCCAAAACCAUCAGACAGUGCUGAAAACUCAAUAUGUUCACUGGUUUUUAUAGAGCGCCAAAUCAUAACAGAAGUUAUCUAAGGUCAUUUUUUAGAUUUGUCAGUUUAGUGUGGAUAUAAUGUGAAACUUGGUUAUAACUGUGCUGCUGGGAAAGUGGCCUGUUAACAUACAACUACUGCUUUGUUUGCAAAAAUCAUGAAAAGUAAUAUAUUAAACAUGCUGUCUGCUUUUCUUAUUAGUUGAUGUGAUACUCUGACUGAAUUUAAUCUAUAUCUAAUCUAUGAAUGUUUACUUUAAAGGCAGAUUUAAAAUAAUGCAAUGCAUCUAAUCAUACAGAAAUAA